AUAAAUAUUUAUUUCUUAUUUCAAAAAUGAUAUCAGCGUUGUAGGUUAUGUCAUUGAAUGAUAGGUUAGGAAAUUUGUACUUCAAAAAGUAUUAAAAUUUAUAUUAUUUUAAUAACAACAACAAGGAUGGGUUUUCAUCAGUGUAAUGAAGAACCAAUAUGGAACAAUUUAAAACUAAAUAAUGAAGUAUAUAUGAUUUCUGCCAUUCAGAAGGAAGACAAUAUUGAUAUUUUAUUAACUAAUUUUAUUGAAAUAUGGAUGGAGAAAUUAACAGAUAAAAUUAUUUUAGAUAGAUGUCGGGAAUUAAAUCCACUCCUAAAUGUUGAAGCUCUCAAUUACAAAGAAACUAUAUUAAAUAUGCUGAAAGAUGUAUCAGCCCAUAUUGUUGAGGCAUCUCCUGAAAAAAUUAAAUUACGUACUAAAAUACAAGGGGGUUUCAUGAAAUUUGAAUUAAAGCUAAUAAAAGGAACACCUCAAAAUUUUUGGGAAUCAAUAACUAAACCAUUAUGUAUAUCAUCAAUGGAACUUGCUCGUCAGCAUAAAUUCCUCUUAGAUUUAAUAAAAAAGAAGGAUGAGGAAAUUGCUGAGUAUAAAGCUGAAGGGGCUGAAUUGAUAAGAAAAAAUAUUGAAACAAAACCUUUUAUGGAAGAACAACUCAAAACAGAUGUUUCUAUUACAAAUAUCAAUGACUAUGCAAAUAUCUUCCAAACAGUAACAAAUUAUUGCAAUGCAUUUUAUUCUCAUGACUCUUCUGCAAAAGUCACAAGCAGUGAUGAGAUAAAGAAAGCAGAAAACUAUACCCCUGACCAAGAUGAUGCUGGACAACUUGAAGGAGUUUCAAAUGGGAAUACUUCUGCAUCAAAAAUUUCACCCUCACAGAAUAAAAAGAACAGAAGAAGUGCUAAUAAGGAAGAAAUAACUGCUAAGACAAGAACUGCAAAUAUGGCAUAUAUACCUACUAAAAAAAUAAAGAAAGGUUCAAAUAAAUCUAUAUUGUAAAAGAGGUAAAGUUAAGGGUUUACUUACAUAUAAUAUUCAAAGGGAAGUGCUGUAAGUAAAAAUAAUAUUAAUUGCUUUUAUUAUUUAUGCAAAGAAAAGGUAACUUAAAGUACCUUACAAUACAAAUCAUGAUUUACAUUAAAAUGAAUUUAUUACAAUUGUAAAUAUAUUUAGAAUUUCUAUAAUUCUAUAUCACAGCU